UUGGGUUACAUGGGCACGAUGGCUGCGGACAGUACCCUGCUGCUGUCUCUGGUGGAGGAAUUUGUCUCGGGACUGCAGGACAGCAAGGCCAAAGAUACAGCAACAGGUGUCAAAGAUGGACAGUUCACAACACUGCAACUGGUGGAAGCACUGGGACCGAGUCUGACGAGCUCUCAGCCUCACACACGAGCUCGAGGAGUCCAGCUUCUCUCUGAAGUUUUACACGAGUGCCAUGGAGGUCUUACAGAGAGAGAAGUGGAAGUGCUCAUUGCCUUCUAUGAAAACCGUCUAAAGGACCAUUAUGUCAUCAUACCGCCUGUUUUACAGGGGCUCAGAGCGCUGACAAAAUGUAGAGUGUUGCCUCCCGGCUCGGCUGUGUCCAUGCUGAGGUCUUUGUUCCAGGAUGUUCACGUUCAGUCUUUGAUGCUGACAGAGCGAGCUUGCGUCUACAACAUGCUCAUCAACCUCAUGGAGACCAGAGAAGCCGAGCUGAAGGGUUUAGGGGCAGACUUCGUGUUUGGUUUUGUCCAAUCAAUGGAUGGAGAGAGGGAUCCUCGCAACCUCCUGUUAGCCUUCCAGAUCGCUAAGAACAUCAUUCUCCGAGGUUAUGAUCUAGGUAAAUUCACAGAGGAGCUGUUUGAAGUGACAUCCUGCUAUUUCCCCAUUGACUUCAACCCCCCUGUCAAUGACCCACACGGCAUCACCCGAGAGGAGCUCAUCCAGACCCUGAGGGACGUUCUCACGGGUACGCCACAAUUUGCUGAGUUCCUGUUACCUCUCAUCAUUGAGAAACUGGACUCAGAUGUUCAGAGUGCGAAGCUGGACUCGCUGCAGACUCUGACUGCCUGUGUGACACAAUAUGAACACAAGGAUUUGGCGGAAUUCCUAGAGGGCCUGUGGGCGUCCCUGCGCAGAGAGGUGUUUCAGACAUCUAGUGAGAGGAUAGAGUCUGCUGGCCUCGCUGCACUCACCGCACUCACUUCCUGUCUGUCUCGCUCAGUCCUCAACUCUGAUUCAGAGGACUCGCUCUGCACCUUUCUGGAUCUGGUUCUCAAAGAUUGCAAACAUCACCUGUGUGAGCCUGACCUGAAGCUGGUGUGGCCCAGCGCCAAGCUGCUACAGGCCUCCUGCAGCGCCUCCUACAGGGCGAGCCAUAUCAUUACAUCUGCUGUCAUGCCCUCUCUCAUUGAGCAGUACAACAGCAGAGCUCAGUGUUCCCACAGACGAACAUUACUGGAGGUGGUGCAGCGGUUUAUCCAGUCGGUGAAAACCUGCCAGUCGUCAGAUAAUGAAGAGAGUGUGUUUUUAGCCUUCCGCCCGUCUCUGUGCAGCAUGGUGUUCUCAGCUCUGACAGAGACUAAUUCCAGUCUGCAGAUCACAGCCGCCUCUGUGCUCACCUCACUGGCACAACAACCAGGUCUGCUGUUGGACUCCGACAUUGAGUUGGCCAUAGAUCACCUGACCAGAUUGUUGCUGACGGAGGACGACGCUCAAGUCAGUCUUGCUGUGGUGGAGUGUGCUGGAGCCUUAGCAGCGCUGCACCCAGCAGCCUUUAUCACUAAAAUGAUCCCAAGACUAAAGACAGAGAUGUUUUCUGAGCCCAUGGAUCAAGACAACAACAGAGUAGCUUCCGAGCAGCAUUCCCAUCAUGCUCUGCGCCAGCGGUGUUUGUCUGCCCUGGCUGCGAUGUCCACCCAACCCAGUGUUGUCCAGGAGAGCACACCUGUCCUGUUGGAGGUCCUCAGCUCAGCACACACAGGUGGUGUUGGUUUCUCAGUGGAGGAGGUGGUGCUGGCGUGUCGCAGCCUCCAGAGAAUAGCAGAGCAGGUUAAAGACACUGAGGAGACGGGACGAUGCUUCCAUGACAUCAUCAUCCCUCGCCUGCUGUCUCUGGCACUUCAGGCAGCACUGCAGGGCGAUGAGUCAUCUGGUCGUCGCAGUCCUCUUCUGGAGGAGGUGGUUCUGUCUGCCAUGGUCCCCAUCAUCAGUAUUUCCUGCUCCAGGCUGCAGCCCACGUUGGCGGGACAGACAGCGUCGAGGGCUGUGUCUCUCUUCCUGGAUGGUGACGUCUCCUUUUUGCCCGACAACUCCUUCCCUUCAAACAUCCGGCUGCUCAAGAAGCAGCAGGGGGAGUCAUGGAGCCAGUCUCAGAUGGUUUGUCUGCUCAUGGGAUGUGUGUGUUCGCUACCUCGCAGUGUGGAGGUGCCUCAGAUAGAUGACCUGCUGUCAGAGCUGGAGGAGAUGAGCUGCACCUGCACCCACCCGCUGUCAUACACCUCAGCUGCAAAGUGCUUUGCUGGCCUAGUUAACAAGAGGCCGCAGGGUGAUUCUCUCGACAGCCUCAUUCAGAGCACCAUGAAGAGAGUGUGUAGUGAGUUGGACUCUGCGACGUCAUCUGUUCGCAUUCAGGCCUUCACCCUCAUGAUCUGGGUUGCCAAGGCUCUGCUUCUCCGAUACCACCCUCUGGUCACAACACUGACUGACAAGCUCUUUUCUCUGCUUGAUGAUGCUGACCUGGGUCCAGUGGCAGCAAACGGCUUUUCACUGCUGAUGAGCGACUCUCCCGACAUCCUGAACCGCAGAUGCCACGCUGAUGUUCGCAUCAUGUACCGCCAGCGCUUCUUCAGCGAGAAUUCAGCCAAGUUGGUCCAGAGCUUCAACGCUGCACCGCAAGAGAAGAAGCCCAGCUACCUGAAGGCUCUGUCUAAUAUCGUCAAUAAACUGCCCAAGCAGGUGCAAGUCACUGAGCUACCAGCGCUCCUGUCUCUGCUGUUGGAGGCCUUGUCAUGUCCUGACCAGGGCAUCCAGCUGUCCACCCUGUCCUGUCUGGAGCCCGUCCUCAUUGACCCACCACCAGCACUCAUCCAGCAGCUGGAGGCUUUGAUCAGCAGGCUGCUGGCCCUCCACUCCAGUCCAGCCAUGGAUGUCAGAAUCGUCUCACUGCGGUGCAUCCACGCUCUGUCCCGCUUCCCUGAACACGAGGUCUUACCGUUUCGGGCCCGAGUGCUGCGAGCUCUGGCCCGACCUCUGGACGACAAGAAGAGGCUGGUGAGGAGCGAGGCGGUACAGGCAAGAGGAGAAUGGUUCCUGUUAGGAAGUCCUGGGGGAAGUUGAUUCUGCUCCUCAAACACAACCCCAGCCUCCCAUCCUCCCUUAACUUGGAAGAAUCCAGAUGUGGUAAAGUCCAGGAACAGGUACCAAGGAUCAACAGCACUCUCUCCUUGGUUUAAACUCUCCAAUGCUCCCUGCCCUUUUCUUCGGAUCUUCCAGAACCCCCCCAUCCUCCUUACUCUCAUCUUUUUCAACCAGAAUCCCUCCAUCCUUCAUCUUCUCUCCCUUUUUACUGAAAUGUUUCUGUUGUAACUGUCUGUAUCUUUACGAACGCACAAGUAAGAGUAUGUGGACUGACUGUGGAGCAGUGUCUAAGUUAAAGGAAUGAAAAUGUUUGUUUAAUAUGCAACACACCUCAUGUACAUUGUUGUCUUUCUCACUAUGUAUUGGAGAAGAAGUAACAUCAGAUUGCAUUGAGGUAUUCUGGCUUUUUAUGAUUUGGAAAAUGGGACUCAAUGGCCACCAUAAGGGCCAAAAGUUUCACAUUUUAGGUUUCCUUCUCAGUCAGAUCAGCAGCAGAAAUGAUAAUAAUAAUCAUAAUGAAAUGAAGGACAGUAUUUUUGAUGUUUACUUAAAUCUAGUAAGAAAGUCAAGGUCUGAAAUUCCAAAUGGCUCUUGUUGAAUGCACUUUGAAUGUGUCAACUCCUAUACACAGAGAGGAAGCAAACAAUGUGGAUGUAUUGAAUGGGAAUGUCACCACAGUGACCUGAUGAACUUUUUUAAAAUUUUAAGACCAUUUUUGAGACGUUUGGCUGCUGGAAAGAUCAAAAAUCUCCAUUUCCUGCAUAUAAAGAUGUAAACAACCAAAUGAGAGCAGCACUGAGCCCAGCAGGCACUGAUAGAUAGCCUUUAUCUUCCCAUGUGGAUGAAUGUGUAGCUGAGCAGUAAUGUCCUAACAACAGCUGGGUUGGGUCACUGAGACCUGGGAGAAUGUGCCAUUUGUCCUCUGGUUGCUCACCGGGUGACAUGAAUCAGUGUUUCACACCUUCGCUGACGAGUUAGAUUUUAAGAUGCAUUUUACAUAAUUGAAUAACUAUGUUGAGUUAAUUAAGAUUUAAGUUAUGUGAACAAAAUUUCAAAUGUCUGCCUUGUAUUCGAUCAAUAUUUAAAGAAAUAUUGAUGCUGUGUCAUAGUUAUUGUCGAGUCAUUGCAGGUAGGUUGGCUACUUUGGACCUCACAUCAACUUAUGCCAAGGAAAUAGACAGUAUUUAAAAUGUCUAACUUAAAAUGUCAUUAAAACAUUUCUUUGUAAUCGUAA